AUGACAGGUCGUCUUCUACCAUGGGCGGUACUGACAACGUUCUUCUCAACAGGUGUCGCCCUUGAAAAUGUUGCUCUUCACAAGCAAGCGGUACAGCAAGUUCCUAACACGGCAGCCCAUGCUGGACUAUGCACCGACGGUUACAACGACGGGGUAUAUUACGACAACUCAGCUUGCUGUAUGCUUAGUGGAAGUUGGUGGAUAGUUGAUCUCGCCAACGUCUACAGCAUCUCCUACGUCAUCAUCUACAGACGGACGGAUGGUGCCUAUCCCAACAAUGCCGUGGUGGAAGGGUUUCUGCAGUACCCUCCGAUGUGCCCAGGAAGUGGCGUGGAGUGUGCCCGUGUUAACCGUGCGCUUCAACCAGCGGAGAAUAUCAGCUGUUCGACUCCUGUGGAGAUGAGGUACCUGAGGGUAUCAAGCUUUUCCUCAAGCCCUUCAAUAUGUGAGGUGGAAGCUUAUGGAUCCUUUGUUCGUGCAGCCAGCCCAGGUGACUGUCCACGUGUUGAGAUGACUCCACAGCUCAACAAGAAGCUGACUGGUGCGGUUUCCACAUCAACCAUAACAAGUACAAGCGCUGCCUGUGGGAUUGAGUGUGUAAAGGGAGGUAACUGUACAUCUUUCAGCUACAACAGUGCCAAAGGUGAAUGCUUGUAUUCCUCAAGAUUGCUUAUUCAAGCCAACAUGGUAUCUAAUGCAAACUGGGUUCUGUACAUACCCUGUUUCUAAGCAGAACAAUCUGACUUCAGUUCUCAGAUGGUCAUUCAUAUCCUGUCGUUGCUGAAAACUAUCUUAUGUCUGUGAAAAUACGAAUCAAUAAUUUUCUUGCGGCAAAAUCAGAUGAAGAGUAAUGCCUUUGUGAUCCUCAGUAACAGUCAACAGAUAUCAAGGUGACUAUAAAUGGUUUUCCCCGAAUCAGUUAUGCCUUUGUGCACGAAAGGUGCAGAUUAAGAUAGCAGCAGUCCAUCAAAUUCCCAUUUAAUGACCUCUUGACGGAACAACUGGCAAUUUGAACAAAUGUUAUGCUUCGUACACCAUAUAGAGAUCGACGCACAUAGCCAUGCAACUUCUACCAAGUACGAACUGUUUUGAUGGUUUGGAAAAUUUGUAUGCGUAACUUAGUGCAGUGCACAUCGACGGACGUUUCCAUGCACGUACAUGUAUACACAGAUUCAAACGCACUUACAAAUACACACAUACGUGUAUACAUUAAUGAUUCAUGUCUGAUGAGAAGGCUGUGAAUUGAUAUACAGCACUUGGUGCAUUUACCUAUUUUGUUGCACUAUAACACCUUCAAAGUGUGUUUGUCUCUAAAACAUGAGCAUCAAAACCCCUUUCACCAAAUAUAUAGAAGUUCCAUCAAGAUGAAGAAUGAGGACAAGUUUUAUGGAUACACAACUUCUUUAGUCUGUGUAGGCGACGUUUCGACAUAGAUUUUCAACGACAUUAGAAUCUAUGUCGAAAGGUCGCCUACACAGAAUAAAGACGUUGUCCAUCCAUAAAAAAGUGUACUCAUUCUUCGUCUCCUCAACUGCUAGAAUGUCAGUCUAAGAAACCAUGAAGAUGGGGAAAAAAUUCACAAACUUGAAAAAGUUGCUUCUAAUUAGUAUUGCAGCUGAGCUACAUCAUAAAUAGUGUGUGUUUUGCGUUCACAGCUGAUUCAGUGUGUAAAGAUUAUUUCUUUUCUUAGUCAGUAAAUAAAACUGUUAUUUUUUGAUAAUAUCGCAUUUCAUGUGGAGAGAAAAUCCUGGCUACCUUUCCUUGUAUCUGUAUGUGUACCCUUAUCGUUAUGAUAUUCUUCGGUGCAUUGAGAUCAUAUUUUAUUGAAUUCGUUACUUCUAUCGAAUUUCAAAUGAAAUCUUGUCAAGCAUAUGCUUUUUAUGAUUCAUCGUAUAGUGUGCGUGUGUCACAUGAAGGCUUUUACACUUAUUCAAAGUCAAAUAUUUAAAUCUAAUUUUGCACCAUUUUCAAUAACUCUUUACCAUCUUUACAAUCCAUCAGUCUAAUGGAUUCUAUCGUGUUUUGUAUUUGACUCUAAAACCCCAACUGGGGCGGUGGGGUAGCCUAGUGGUUAAAUCGUUGGCUCGUCACACCGAAGAACCGGG